AACCUGCCAUAGUCAAACAGAAGAAGAUGAUCCAAGUUCUCCGAAACUAACUGAUUAAAUGGUGGACGAGCAGUUUGCUUCACCGGGAUAUUGUUGACGAGCAACUUGCAGCCGUAGCAACAUGUUCGGGAAGAAGCGGAGAGAGCCGCUCCCUAAAUGCAGAGGCGCCUCCACAGCCAAGCAGAUGGGUCUUUUCUUAGACCUUGAUCCAGAGGAAAUGAUAGAUGCGGAGGAGAAUUUGGACGACCCAGACUUGGAGGCUGAGCUGGCUGCUCUCACUGGGGGCAAAGCUGCUGCUAAUGCUGAAGGAGGAGCAAGACACAAGGGGAAAAGCCCCCUUCCAAUGGAGGACAUCACUAGAAUGGCAGAGGCGUGCAUGAGAGAUGUGGACGAGGAUGAAGAUGACGACGAUGUGGAGGACGAUGAAGAUCUCCUGGCCGAGCUACAGGAAGUGGUGGGUGAAAGUGAGGAGGCCGUGAUUGUUUCCUCUUCAUCUGCCGCUGCUUCAGCUGCCACCAAACUUCAGCCAUCACCACCAUCUCAGCAAACCAAAGUCCCCUCAGCGGCGCCCGGCAAUGUUCAGCACACUUUGGAGGAGAGGCUCGUCAUGUAUACGAUGGCGCUGGAUAACGCCAAGAUUGCAGGCGAGAGCGCCAAAGCCAGGCGGCUGGAGCGAGGGCUAAAGACACUGGAGACCAUGUUGGGCUCCGUCAAGAAAGGCCGUCAGGUGAGCGAGGCCCAGAUUCCUCCGCCUGUGGCCACAGGAGCAUCGAGCAGCGCCACUUUGCCACCACAGCAGCCUGCUCUGCCCAUCCCCUCGCCUCUCAAGCCAGCAGAACAGGCGGUGGAGUGUGAGGCUACAACGCCAGAGAUUGUCACCCCUGCCAGUAAGGAGGAACAACACUCAUCCGCCUCAGCACCCGUCACUCUGAGUGAGCCCACUGAGCCCUCACAGGAGCGAGCCAGCCCCUUGCAAGAUAAUGAGACAAAUGGUCAGUUUGUCCUGACGAUGCUGCAGGAAAGGCAGAGAGAGUACAAGAUGGCUGCUCUGAGGGCCAAGAAGGAUGGUGAGGUGGAGCAAGCCAUGCUCUACUUCAAGACCAGUAAGGGCUUUAAUGGGAUGAUUGAUGCUUUGAAACGAGGACAAGCUGUCGACCUCAGCAGUCUUCCUUCCCUGCCUCCAGGUUCAGGAGGUAGUCCCACUGGAUCAGUGAAGCAAAAUACUCCUGUGGCUCCACCGGCCGAAGCAGCUCCAGCUCCCCAGGCUCCCAAAGACGUGAUGGAGGCCCUUGAGCAGAGACGGGCCAAGUAUAUGGAGGCUUCGGCUCAGGCUAAAGCCAGCGGGGACGAACGCAAGGCUCGAAUGCACGACCGCAUCGCCAAGCAAUACCAGAGCGCCAUCCGAUCUCACAAAGCUGGAAAAAUGAUCAACUUUGAUGAGCUCCCUGUCCCGCCAGGUUUUCCUCCGAUCCCGGGCCAGAAGUCGACCACAGCCGAGCAGGGGUUGGUGGCUGCGCUGGAGGCCGCCACGAAGAUCGCCUCCACGGAUGAUGAUGCUGCAAGUGAAGAUGAAGAAGAAGAAGAAAAAGAGAAGGAGUCAAAGCGUGCUGAGGAGCCAAAGAAGAGCACGCUAAGUGUCCCCGCUUCAUCCCAGGGUCGGAGGAGGUCCCCGUCACGCUCACCUGAGAGACCCUCCACCAGAGAGCUCUCAGCAGCAGAUGCCGAGCAGCUGGAGUUCCUGGAGGGCAGGAGGAGGCAGUACAUGAAGGCGGCUCUGCAUGCCAAGCAGAAGAACGACGUGGAGCAGGCCAGGAGUUUCCUCCGCACUGCCAAGGGUUUGGAGCCCAUGAUUGAAGCGGUGCGCGGUGGUCAAGCGGUGGACAUGAGCACGGUGCCGUCGCCCCCUGGUGAUGAAGAUGAGGACUUCGUCCUGGUGCACCACAGUGAUGUUAACCUCUCAGAGAAAGCCGAGCAGGUCUACAUUCAGUUAGCCAAGAUACUCAAAGAGCAGCAUGAGAAAUGUCUGAGCCACUCCAAGCAAUUCACUCACCUGGGAAAUGUCGCUGAAACCACCAAGUUUGAGAAGAUGGCUGAGUUUUGUAAGAAGAGUAUGGAGAUCUUGAAGCUGUCCCAGGCGCAGGGCCUGCCUCCCCCCAAACAUCACUUUGAGGACAGAACCUUCCACAUGGUCAGGAUGUUCCCGGACCUCAGCAGUACAGAGAUGGUGGUGGUUAUCGUGAAAGGGAUGAAUCUUCCUGCUCCCAGUGGCAUCCAAACAGGCGACCUAGAUGCCUAUGUUAAGUUUGACUUCCCCUACCCCAGCACGGAGCAGCCACAGAGGCACAAAACAAGUGUCAUCAAGAACACAAACUGCCCAGAAUACAAUCAGAGCUUCACUCUGACCAUCAACCGCAACCACCGCGGCUUCAGGAGGGUGGUGACGUCCAAAGGCCUCAAGAUGGAGCUGCUGCACAAAGGUGGGUUCCUGCGGAGUGACAAGCCAAUUGGGACAGCCCACGUCAGGAUGGACAAACUAGAGUCUCACAGUGAAAUCAGGGAGAUUGUUGAGGUGAUGGAUGGCCGCAAGCCCACUGGCGGUCGCCUGGAAGUCCGGGUGCGCCUUCGGGAGCCUCUGAAUGGACAGGACAUGCAGGCGAGCACAGAGCGCUGGCUGGUGAUCGAGCAGCCGCAGGUUCUCCUCUAGGUGUUUCCAUGACUUUCAAGACAUGCGACCAGUCAAGCACUCAUCAGGCUUUUUCCCCCUCAGACCUCUUCAAAUGUUUGCACUUUGCAAAAAAAGCGUGACUUCCCUUCCAUGCAUUGCUGCACCAUAGAUGGGGCCUCACCAGGUCAGUAGCACCCUUAAGCGACAUGUGCUGGCCAUUAGGGCUUGGCAGAGUGAUUGGUGUAUGAGCGGACGUCAUGUACUAUUAAUGAUAUCAAAGGAUGUGGGCUGUGACGUUUAUGCACUAAUACCAAAGUAAUCGCUGUUGCUGUAAAAAUCCUGCAUCUUGGAACAAAUGAAAUGUCGCUGGCAACAUAUUAGAGCGACACAAGCUUACUGGAUGCUUUUAUUGCUUCCUGUCUUCAGAGUAAUAUAUGACACCAUUUGUUCACGUAAAACUUGUGUAAUAAGAAAACCAAUAUAUAGCGGACUAUUUCUUUUACUGUACAAAAGCACGGGGCAUCAUGACCCUGUGUUUGUUGACUUUCAGGAUUGUUUUAAGACUUAAGUUUUGACGAUGUGAGCUAUUAUGGAGGUGACAUGAUGUUUACACCUAAGAGCACAAAGUAAAUGAGCACUUGUCACACUGGUGAUUUUCACAUGCUAACCGCAAGUGCUACCAUGCGACAAAGCAUCGCUCAGCCUCUCUUGUGUUUGAAAGAACUGUGGUACAAGAAGCCAUAUUUUCAAAUAAAGGUUGACUUAUGAAACAUUUAACCCACAAAUGCUCCUAUUAAUAAGACAAACAUGUUAGGAUGACCCUUUCAAGCCACUAAUAGGACAAGUUCCCCAUCCUUGCACCUGCUUGAAGUCCACCGGUACCAAAGUCUCCUUUUUGGUUCAUUCUAUACUGCAAUUACUUUCACACAUUUCACUUCUCUUACGAUUGCCUGCUUGUUUACAACCUUCAUGGAUGUCAGUUGCAUUUCCACAUAGUGGCCGACAGUAUCUUGAAAAACAACAAAAAACAUUGAAAUAAAUUGUUGUCAUUUUC